GGAGAGAAACCUUAUGAAUGUAAUCAGUGUGGAAAGGCUUUCAGACUCAGGUCAAGUCUUAAUGUACAUCAGAGAAUCCACACUGGAGAGAAACCUUAUGCAUGUAAUCAAUGUGGAAAGCCUUUUAGAGACAGGUCCGCUCUUGCCAAGCAUCAGAGAAUCCACACUGGAGAGAAAGCUUAUGAAUGUAAUCAGUGUGGAAAGGCUUUCAGAUUCAGCUACAUUCUUGUUGUACAUCAGAGAAUCCACAGUGGGGAGAAACCUUAUAAAUGUGAUCAAUGUGGAAAGGCUUUUACACAGAGGACCAGUCUUAGAGUACAUCAGAGAAUCCACACUGGAGAGAUACCUUAUGAAUGUAAUCACUGUGGAAAGGCUUUUACACGGAGGACUCGUCUUACUGAACAUCAGAGAAUGCACACUGGAGAUAAAGCUUAUGAAUGUAAUCGAUGUGGAAAGACUUUCAAAGGUAGCUCCAGUCUUUCUGAACACUAUAGAAUCCACACUGGGGAGAGACCUUAUGAAUGUAAUCACUGUGGAAACACUUUCAGACUCAAGUCCAUUCUUAAUGUACAUCAGAGAAUCCACACUGGAGAGAAACCUUAUGAAUGUAAUCAGUGCGGGAAGCCUUUUAGAGACAGGUCCACUCUUGCCAAGCAUCAGAGAAUCCACACUGGAAAGAAACCUUAGGAAUGUAAUCAGUGU